UAGGUAGUCAACACACACAAUCGACACUUAAUACACACACACCGUUUAAACAAAAGUGAAAAAAAAUAGAAGAAAAUCUGAAAAAAAAAAGAAAAGAAAACAGCGAACAAAAAUCCUAACUUGGUAUUGUAAACACUAAAAUCGCGCGCGACUUGAACGCCGAGAAGUGUAGAACGGAACCCUAAGCGGCACAUCACUGCACCAGAGUCUCAUUGGAUCGCACCGAGCAAAGUACAAAAUUCGUAGGUUCAAAGUUCAAAGUUUACGGUUCCCGAAGGACUGACCCAGAAUCCAACCACGGACCAUCCGGUCCAGAAGGCCAAAGACAGCGAGCUGCAACGAAUCUCCAGUAUUGGGCCACUUUAACAACUGCUUCCAAUCCGAUUUCUUUUCCACUUUUGAUAGUUUUAUAUUCAGAUAUCCCGAAUCGCUGCCGUUCCAGGAUGGUCAUCAAUCUAAACCCGUCCACCUCUUCGAACGCCAAUGCCAGCGGUAGCAGCGUGGGCGGUGGCAGCGGCGACGGAAUGAGCAGCGCCGGGAGCCAGAGCGGCAACAUCAUUGGCGGAAACGGAAGCGGAGGCGGAAACGGUAACGGUGUUGUAAGCGGUAGUGGCAACACCGCCGGAAACGCCAGUGGCGUCACCUCCAGCAACCUGAUGGGCAUCAUCAGCCAUGAGAUGUUCGAUGGUAUCGUCUAUCUGCAUGUGGUAUGUGCCGGCGAGUCGAGCUCCAAGUGGAUAUCUCUGGAGGAGGCGAUGAUCUACUGUCCCAGCGGCGUUGUUGCCUACACCAAACUGCAGCUGGCCGAGAUUUAUGGCAUCCCGAUGGACGUUCUGUUCGACUGACGGCGAUGCAUAAACCAGAUUCUUCGUUGAACGAUUGCAGUGUACGCACCUGGACGAUGGUACUGAUGGAUUCUUGAUUAGCUCCGUUUGGCUAGUACGGUUUAUAAGCUGGACCAUGGUAACUGGCAUUUGAACUUUGGCACUGUUGGCAAAAUCUGGGAAUUGAGUAUUCGCCAAAUACGUGGCAUUGGCAAUAUGACGUCGAUUGUUUUUUCGUGCUACAUUCCCUGCUCUAAAUUUUAAGUUCCUGGCGUUAAGUGAUUUUUCCGAAGGCAGCAAGUACUACAACUAGUAUACCAAUGUACAAGGUUAUUCCGUAAUUAAUUGCAAAAUAAAUAAAGCAAAUUUAUAAA